CGAGCCAACGCAAAACGUAAUUCCCUUCAGGUUCCCUUCCACCGCACAAACUCCAGACCGAUGGAAGUCUCUUAUUGAAUGCCGUCGCACUCGCAUGGAUUGCUGUGCCUAAGCCCCAAUGUGGCUUGGCUCCGUCCAGUCUGUCCUUUAUUGCCAUCUUUUGUCUUCCUUGGUUGACAGCGUGAAUCUCCGCGUGACAAGCCAGCUGAUCGGAACAAUCCUGCGGCCAAUCAUAUCUGAAAGCAGUUUGACUGGAGGAAGUGACCUACCUCGGCCACGUUUGCCAGAUUCAACCUCUUCUCCAGGGGGGAGUGCCGAAGGAUCCAAUCGUCACAAUCACCCUGGCCUUCAUUAUACUCUUCCUAGACAACGUACGUCGCCCAUCCUACCCUCCAUCACAUCGUGGGCCCGAUAUUUCCCCACAAUUUCCCGUCCUCUUCAUAUCGUGCCACGCAAGGUACGGACACAUCAUACUUUCGACACUAGAGCAUAGUCCCAGCUCUGCCCUAGGCGUCGGCCAGCUGUCUGGAGGACCGUUCGUUCACGACACUCGACGAGCCAAUUGAGCAAUUUGGUUACCUUACCCUGGUAAG